AUUUUACUUUUUGUGACUUCUCAAUCCUUUUCUACUGUAAAACUAUGAAUUUAAUGUAUCGACACUUGUCUAGACUGUUCGUGCUGCCAAAGACGUUAUUGAGAACAUCUGAAACACUGAAGCCAAUGAAUGCUUGUUCUCUACAAAAUCUCCAACCUUCAUUUACCUCAGUGAUUUCUCGGAACUUUUCUGCAAUCAGAAAAAAUCCUUCAACACCCGAAUUAAAUGGACAGCCCAAAUUAAUAAAUACAGGCGUACAACAAGGCUCCUUGGGACUUGCUAUCAAUGGAUUCAACACCAACCUUCUUCAACCUAAUUUCGGAAUAUUAUCUCAGUUUGUGAGAGGAACAAAGAGGUUUAACUACAGACCUAGUGUUAUUAAAAGAAAAAACAAGCAUGGAUAUAAAACCAGGAUCAAAACAAGGGGUGGAAUUAAGUUACUAUGGAGACGACAACAAAAGGGAUGCUGGGUACUACAUACGUGAUGAAAAUGUGUAAAUCUGCGACAUUACACUGGAGCACAUUUUGAAUGGAUGUGAAAUCAUUAUGGAGAUUCAGACUGAGACAAUUAUCCUUAUACACCUUUAAUAUGUGGAAUUCAAAAUCUAAUGAGAUGAGGACUUUCAUUCUCUCCCCGAUAUGAAUUGUUGGUCUCUUGUAAAAGUUUACAAAAUUGUAUGACGUCUGUUAUUUAAGUGCAAAACUUAAUAUUAUUACAAACUCCAGUCCAGGAUGGUAAAAAUUGCAGCUAUUUGAUUCGUAAAUUAUCAUUUCAUAACUGGCGUCCAUCAUUAUUCAGUAAGUCUGGCACUCAUCCUCAAAAAUUUGGCAUGUUAGCCAUUUACUGGUGCUGUACAUUAAACCAUUAACAAUAAACAAACAUAACAGAUGUAUUGAAAAUAAUACAAGUAUAUGCUUUUAAUAUUGUUUUUAUACAUUCACCUUAUGUAGUCACAACUCUCCUACAAUAUGCUUAUGCAUAGUAGAAAUAAAUAUCACCUUCAUUAAUAAUAUCUAAUGUACCAUAUUUUGAAUAAUGCAACAGAAAUAAAUGAUCUUUUCUUGAAAAUGUUUAAAUUUGGAUUAUUGAGUACUAAUUUUAGAAAUAUUUAUGGAAUAUUGAUAUGAAUACUCAUUCUUUGUUUUCAGUAUUUUUGUAUCUAUCAAGUGAUACACACACUCUACAUGAGGGAUAUGCAGAGAAUUGACUCUUUUUUACAAUUUAACAUUGGAGCAUGUUUGCAUGGCACAUGAGCUUUAUAUAAACUGGUAACAAUAAAGAAAUCAAACACAAAAUUCUCAUUGGUUAUAGUUUGACCAAGAAAUAGAAUGGCAUUGUAUUUGUUCUUAAAU